AGCUCUCCCACUUCCAGCCCUGCUUCAUCAGCCGCUCCGUCAAACACAGCAGCUCUUACCUGAUCUGCUGGAGCUCUGAGACCCGCCAUUACAGCGGAUUUAACCGAAAUCGAACGUUCGCGAGGAUUUUUGGCGGGAAAACAAACUUUUUUUUUUUUUUUUAAAUCAAUCGAGCGCGCGCGAUUCAAUCAGUGUAUCAGAAUCCCUCAUCGUCAAUGACCGACAGAGGCUGAUCGUCAAGAACAACAUAGUGGCUUAGUCCAGGUCUCUGAGCGAGAGCGAGGCCUCCUCCCUUUAGCCGACCCACGUGAAGAAGAAUUUGGCAGUAACAUACUACCCGAGAGAUGAAUGAGGUUUCCUCCACAUUAUUAAAGCGUUGUCGCCUGGUCAGGGCUGAGACUGACCCCGUUUCCAAUGCUCAAAACUCUUCCAGUCAGGAUGCUUCAGGGGACAAAGAAUCCGCCUUCCCUCUCUCCUCAGUGGCCGGCCUCCUAGAUGUAGAGGAUAACAGUCCUACUGCUGCCACCCGAACAGAGACCAAGCCGAAUCGUCGCAGGUUUCAUGGAGCCUUCAAGAAGGGCAACCCCAUGGACCUGCUUGAGUCCUCUAUCUAUGAGACUCCAGUGACCACAGGACCCAAACAGGCCCCCAUGGACUCACUUUUCGAUUAUGGCACGUGUCGCGCUGCUAAUAACCAAAAAUGGCGCAGGAAGAAGCUUGCUCGAGGGACCACAGAGAACGUAGCGACAUGUGAUGAGACCAGCUCGGACCCUCCGAGGGUGCUGAAGGUGUUUAAUCGUGCACUGCUUUUCGAUGCUGUGUCUCGAGCUGACCCGGAUGCUCUGGACGGUCUGCUGGAGUUCCUGCAGAGCCACAACAAGAGACUGACGGACGAGGAGUUCAGAGAGCUAUCCACAGGGAAAACGUGUCUUCUCAAAGCUCUGCUGAAUUUAUAUGGUGGGAGGAACGACACCAUCCCGCUGGUGCUGGACAUCGCUGAGCAGACAGGAAACCUGCACGAGUUCGUCAACACGCCCUUCAGGGACCUCUACUACCGUGGUCAGACGGCGCUGCACAUUGCCAUCGAGCGACGCUGUAAACACUACGCUGAGAUGCUGGUGGAGAAAGAAGCUGAUGUUCACGCACAGGCUCGGGGACGCUUCUUCCAGCCCCGAGACGAGGGGGGGUAUUUUUACUUCGGUGAGCUCCCGCUCUCGCUGGCCGCCUGCACUAACCAACCCGCCCUGGUGCACUAUCUGACCGAGAACAGUCACAAGACAGCAGAUCUGCGGCGUCAGGACUCACGAGGCAACACGGCCCUGCAUGCGCUCGUGCACGUGGCUGACAACACACGUGAAAACACACGCUUUGUCACUAAGAUGUAUGACCUGCUGCUUAUCAAAAGUGCCAAACUUCACCCAGAAUGCAACCUGGAGCAGGUGCUCAAUAAUGAUGGCAUGUCACCACUCAUGAUGGCCGCCAAACUCGGCAAGAUCGGGGUUUUCCAGCACAUCAUUCGGAGAGAAAUCAAAGAUGAUGAGGUGCGUCACCUGUGCAGGAAGUUUAAGGACUGGGCAUAUGGACCUGUUUACUCGUCGCUUUAUGACCUGUCCUACCUUGACACAUGCGGCGAGGACGUCUCUGUGCUGGAGAUCCUCGUCUACAACAGCAGGAUCGAGAACCGUCAUGAGAUGUUGGCUGUGGAGCCAAUUAACGAACUGCUGAGGGCAAAAUGGCAAAAAUUUGCUGCCAUGACUUUCUACAUCAGCGUGGUGUCAUACCUCAUCACCAUGAUCAUCUUCACACUCGUCGCCUACUACCGUCCUUCAGGAAGCAGGCCUCCGUAUCCAUACGAAACAAUGGGAGACAAACUGCGUCUGGCAGGAGAACUCCUCACCCUCGGCUCUGGAUUGUUUUUCUUCCUAAGUAAUAUAAAGGACCUGUUUCUGAAGAAGUGUCCAGCCGUGAGCUCCUUAUUUAUAGAUGGAUCAUUUCAAUUCCUCUACUUUGUGUACUCAGUGCUGGUGUUGGUGACGGCGGCUCUGUACUUGGCCGGGGUGCAGGCCUACGUGACAGUGAUGGUGUGUGCGCUGGUGUUAGGAUGGAUGAACACACUUUAUUUCACCAGAGGCUUCAAACUCACUGGCACGUACAGCAUCAUGAUCCAGAAGAUUCUGUUUAAAGAUCUGUUCCGCUUCCUGCUGGUCUACGUUCUCUUCAUGAUUGGCUAUGCCUCAGCUCUGGUGUCUCUGCUCAAUCCAUGUCCCCCCAACAGCACAGACACCCAGUGGGACAUCACAAAAAAGUCAUACUGCCGAGACACGGCGGCUUUCAGCACCUUUCUGCUGGACCUGUUCAAGUUGACCAUCGGCUUGGGAAACCUGGAAGAAAUGGUGCAGGGGAUGCAGUACCCCGCGGUCUGCCUUAUCCUCGCAGUCACCUACAUCGUCCUCUCCUUUGUGCUCCUGCUUAACAUGCUGAUCGCUCUGAUGGGUCAGACCGUCACCAAGGUGUCCAAACAGAGCAAGAAGAUCUGGAAGCUGCAGUGGGCUACAACGAUCCUGGACAUUGAGCGCUCUUUACCUGUGUGUCUGCGCAAGAAGUUCCGUGUGGGUGAAAUGGUGACAGUGGGCAGGAACUGGGAUGAGACGCCUGAUAAACGCUGGUGCUUCAGAGUGGAUGAGGUGAAGUGGUCAGACUGGAACCACAAUCUGGGAAUCAUUAAUGAGGAUCCAGGACACAAAGAGCAAAACGAACACAUACACAACACCACGAGACGACUACGACGAGAUCGCUGGUCCACGGUGGUUCCUCGUGUAGUGGAGCUGAAUAGAGGCUCCAGAUCCAGAGACCAUGUGGUGGAGAUGAUGGAGCCCUUGAAGCACAGAAACAGUUUCAACUCAAGCUAGAACUGGACUGAACCACAGAGCUGUAAUGAAAUUUAAAUUGUUAUUUCAAUCACUGUAAAACUCCUACAUCCACUCCUAUCUCCACAUAUACUGGGGUGAAAAUCUAAAUGAGCUCUAGUCAUGAUGCCACAACAAUACGGUCAAAAGCAUUAAUGGCCACACAGAGAAAGAACAGGACCAAAGCAGGACCCGAGCAGGACCAGAGCAGGACCCGAGCAGGACAGGACUAUAUCAUGGCUACACAACAGGGAGGACAAAAUUCACAAUGAUCAAUAAAUAAAGACAGAACGGGCACUUAAACAAAGACAACACAGUAACAGAUGGAUUGGGAACAGAACAGAUCUAGAUCGGACCAAAACAGGACCAGGACACAGAAGACUGGACCAGAACAGGACCAGGAGUCCAAAUCCACUCCAAUCCCUGUACAGGAGAGGAAGUCCAUAUCAGCUGAAGUCACUUCAUAUUGACACCUUUUUUUUUU